GAAUCGCACGAGAAUGGCGAUGAGACUGUUUCCAUAGCGCGGGAGUACGCUAGUAAGCACGUCGAUACGCGGUUUGUCAAGAUCAUGAUGGACGGCAAUCCCAUCGUUUCUUCGCCUUCGGUGUCCAACCUCGACAAGAAUAGGAACAUGGACAUGGCGCAUAUCAUGGAAAAGAACAUCAGACUAAAUCUGCGGAAGUUAGAUGAAGCGGGUUUGACAUGCAAGGUUCAUGCUGUGGGGUCUGGUGCGGUGAGGCAGACGUUGAACAACUUUGCAGCUUUACGGAAAAGUAAUUCAAACAGGCCCCGGCACGAAGUUGCUCAUUGUGUUUCGGUUGACCCAGCUGACAUGUCACCGGCCAUGCAUUUUAUCACCCAGUUCCCUCCUCCAAACCUGGGAUCCAACUUCUCCGGCUUGGUCAAAGCCGAAAAGCUCGUCACGACAGACGAUACAGCUUGUACGAUACGAUACACGUCCGCCACCAGCGCAAACAUGGCCUCAACCGCGCUCAUCGACGCCGACAUGGCGCCCACGCUCCAGUCCAUCCUCGACCAGAAGACGCUCAGGUGGAUAUUUGUCGGCGGAAAGGGUGGUGUGGGAAAGACGACGACGUCGUGUUCUCUCGCCAUCCAGCUCGCAAAGCACCGCAAAUCUGUCCUCCUCAUCUCGACCGACCCCGCGCACAACCUCUCCGAUGCCUUCAACCAGAAGUUCGGCAAGGAUGCGCGUCUCGUCAACGGCUUCGACAACCUCAGUGCCAUGGAGAUCGACCCCAAUGGCAGCAUACAGGAUCUGCUAGCUAGCGGUGCGGAAGAGGGCCAAGAUCCCAUGGCUGGCCUGGGUGGCAUGGGCAGCAUGAUGCAAGAUCUGGCCUUUAGCAUCCCCGGUGUUGACGAGGCCAUGUCCUUUGCCGAAGUGCUCAAGCAAGUAAAGUCCAUGUCCUACGAAGUCAUCAUCUUCGACACGGCACCCACGGGCCACACACUCCGCUUCCUGCAAUUCCCCACCGUCAUGGAAAAGGCCCUGUCCAAGGUCUCGCAACUCUCUCGCCAAUUCGGCCCCAUGCUCAACUCCUUCCUCGGCGGUUCAGGACGCCUGCCCAACGGCCAGAACAUGGACGAGCUCGUUGAGAAGAUGGAGAACCUGCGAGAAACAAUUGGCGAGGUCAACGGACAGUUCAAGGAUGCAGAUCUGACAACGUUUGUCUGUGUCUGCAUCCCCGAGUUCCUGUCCCUGUACGAGACGGAACGCAUGAUUCAGGAACUCAACAGCUACGAGAUUGACACACACUCCAUUGUCGUUAACCAGCUGCUGUUCCCCAAGCAAGAUAAUCCCUGCGAGCAGUGCAAUGCGCGACGGAAGAUGCAGAAGAAGUACCUGGAUCAGAUUGAGGAGCUGUACGAUGAGUUCAACGUGGUCAAGAUGCCGCUCUUGGUCGAGGAGGUACGGGGCAAGGAGAAGCUCGAGAAAUUCAGUGAAAUGCUCGUCAAGCCUUUCGUCCCACCGCAGUAG